AUGCUUUUAAGGAGACUGAUACAGACAGCUCGUUACUUCUCGGUGGCUCCGGCAAUCCGUUCUUCUUAUGUGGCUGCUCCUCGUAAGACAUUGACUGAUCUCAGAUCGCUAUACGAGUCCAAGACACCCAUCAGUGUGGUUACUGCUUGGGACUUUCUUACAGGCCAAAUUGUGGACAAAAGCAAAGCCGAUAUGGCUUUAGUUGGUGAUUCCUUGGCCAUGGUGGCCCUUGGAUACCCAGACACGAAUGAGAUUGAGCUUGAAGAGAUGUUGUACCAUAUAAGAGCAGUGAACCGAGGCAACGAGUCGUCGUUUAUUGUUGCAGAUAUGCCUUUUGGAACGUAUGAGACGGCGCCAGCACAGGCAGUGGAAACAGCUAUUCGGAUCGUAAAGUACGGCAAGGCACAGGCCGUGAAGCUUGAAGGUGGACAAGAAAUGGCUGCAACGGUUCGUGACAUCGUCAAGGCUGGUGUUCCUGUUAUGGGCCAUAUUGGUUUGACUCCACAGAAGCAUCAUACGCUCGGUGGAUACAAAUUACAAGGCAAUAAUGCUGAAAGUGCUCAUAAGCUUAUUGAUGAUGCGUUAGCUCUACAAGAAGCAGGCGCAUUUUCCAUGAUCUUGGAAUGUGUGCCUAGCAAAUUAGCAGAGGUGGUUACACAGACGGUCAAGAUCCCUACAAUUGGCAUUGGUGCCGGUCCAUACGUAUCUGGUCAGGUAUUGGUUCUCGCAGAUAUGCUUCAAAUGAAUGAUCCAGAGAAGUAUAAGCUUGCCAAGUUUGUGAAGCUGUACAUGAGUUUUUUUGACGAUGCUAGCGAAGCUGUGUCAAAUUAUAAGAAGGAUGUUGUUGAAGGAAAUUUCCCAAAUGCUGAUCAGCACGGGUACAAGAUCAAGUCUGAUAUCUUGCGGGAAGCUCGGAGGUAUGCAGAAACGAAGAAGAACAAUUGA